ACAGUGGUGGUGCUGUACCAAGAUGGCUGUUCGGGGAGCGGAGAGCUGAGGAGGAGGAAGUAUAGCACCCUAAUUGAUUCAGAUACAGCGUUUGAAUGGUAAAGCUGACAAAGAAAGGGCUUGAGAGGGUAUUUUUAUGUCACAAAGAACCGUGACAUGCAAUAGCUUAGACAGGGACCUGACUCUUAACUAUUUAUAAAGGCUAGAGACCGAUAUCUAUUCUGAUUGAAGGAACGGAGCCGGUGGAAGACAUCUGGGAACGAUCAUAGAACUGAGAUGUCAUUGCUGUGUGUUGGAGUGAAGAAAGCCAAACUCGAUGGAUCCCAAGAGAAAUUUAACACCUAUGUGACGCUGAAAGUGCAGAAUGUCAAGAGCACCACCAUUUCAGUGCGGGGUGCCCAGCCAUGCUGGGAGCAGGACUUCAUGUUCGAGAUCAACAGGCUGGACCUGGGGCUGACGGUUGAAGUGUGGAACAAAGGGUUAAUCUGGGACACAAUGGUGGGCACUUUGUGGAUCCCCCUGGGAGACAUCCGCCAGUCCAAUGAGGAGGGGCCGGGACAGUGGCUGACACUGGACUCUCAGGUCAUUAUGGCUGAGAAUGAGAUCACCGGCACCAAAGACCCCACUUUCCACCGCGUCUUGCUGGACACCCGUUUCGAACUGCCGUUAGACAUUCCAGAGGAUGAGGCGCGGUACUGGGCCAAAAAACUGGAGCAGCUUAACGCCAUGAGGGACCAGGAUUACACAUACCAAGAGGAGCAGGAGAGACCGCUACAAGCACCAUCAACACAAUGCUGUAACUGGAGUCUCUGGGGAGACCAGCAAAACGAGGACCCAGACAGCGCGGUGGAUGACAGAGACAGCGACUAUCGCAGUGAGACCAGUAACAGCAUCCCUCCACCCUUCUACACCACGUCCCAGCCCAACGCCUCCAUGCAUCAGUACCCCAUGCAGAGAGACCAUCACUACUCCUCGCACACCUCCUACAACGACUCCAUCCACGAUCUGGACUACGACAACCGGAGAGCCCUGAGACGCUAUGAUAGUUUAGACUCGGCCACCAACGGGCGCAGCGAUCUUGAUUCGGCCUCAGGUUCGAGCCGGCACACCAGCCGCCAGUACUCUCUAGACAGUAGGCACUCGCUCUCCGAUAGCCCGACAGGCAGCAGUCACUAUGCGUCUUCUGGGGAGCUGAGUCGAGGCAGCUCUCAGCUCAGUGACGAGUUUGGCCCGGAGGAGGACGGGAGCCUCCGGGGCUCCGUGGAGCUGUACGAUGAGAACGACUCCUACCACUCCUGCCACUCCUCCGUCAGCUACGGCAGGGAUUCGGCCGGCUGGGACCCCGAGGCCCCCGAGGGGGUUUACAGUGACGACGGAGGCUACGUCAAAGAUGGCGGAGAGGAGGAGGCUAUUUACGACGAUGAGGAAGGUGAGCUCUACGAGCCCGAGGACGGAGAGUACCGCUACGGGGAAGAGGAGGAGAUGGUGUAUGAGGAAGAUGAAGACAUCUACCCUCUGGAGGGCACACUCAGUGAGGACCAGGAGUUGCCCUACACCCCAAUCAGCACGGCCUCCACCCUGGCCCCAGAGGCCCCCAUCGCCAGGCCCCCUCUAGAGAAACAGGCUUCUCUGAGAGAACAGCAGCCCCAGCCCCCCACCUUGGCAAGCUCCUCCCCAGAAGCCACCACCCAGGCCGAGACCACGCCCCCUAUCCAGGCCCCUGUUACCACAACCUCCACCAAGCCACCCUUUACCCCCAUGAUCCAUCCAUCCCUGGCCCAGCCACAGAUCCCCACUGCCCAGACCCCAGCUCCCCAGACCCCUGCCCCAGAAACACAGGCUCCAGUUUUGGAUGCCCAUGAUGUUGUCCUCCAAGACCUGCAAAAGGAGGAGACCCAGCCUCUAGAAGAUGUGAUCCCUGUCAAGGAGAGCCCCCCAGCAGAAGUCCCCCCAGAGAAGAUUGAGACCCCAGUUGUCAGUUAUCAGAGGCCUGUCAUGGAGCCUGGGCCAGACAGGGCCCGGGCCAACUGGCAACGCCUCUGUAGCAAGAUCCGGCUACAACUGCAGCAGGCACGAGGGGAGUCGGUUGGGAUUUGCUCUCUGUUGCUGUCUGCAGGGGUGGGCGGAGCGCUGUAUAGUAUUGACAGCAUGCCAGACCUCCGCAAGAGGAAAGCCAUGCCACUGGUUAGAGACCUGGUUGGUGCAAUGUCUCUUGCUCAGAACUCCCGGAAGGCCGGGAUCACAUCAGCAAUGGCGUCCAGCACUCUCAAUAACGAGGAACUGAAGAGUCAUGUGUACAAGAAGACCCUCCAGGCUCUGAUCUAUCCCAUCUCCUGCACCACGCCCCAUAACUUCGAAGUGUGGACGGCCACCACACCCACCUACUGCUAUGAGUGUGAGGGUCUGCUGUGGGGUAUUGCUCGUCAGGGCAUGAGGUGCACCGAGUGUGGGGUCAAAUGUCACGAUAAGUGCCAGGAUCUACUCAAUGCUGACUGCCUGCAACGGGCAGCAGAGAAGAGUUCCAAACAUGGGGCAGAGGACCGAACACAGAACAUCAUCAUGGUUCUGAAGGACAGGAUGAAGAUCAGAGAGAGGAACAAGCCAGAGAUCUUUGAGCUGAUCCAGGAGGUUUUUGCUGUGGUCAAGUCCACCCACGUCACCCACAUGAAGCAGAUCAAACAGAGUGUACUGGACGGAACAUCCAAGUGGUCGGCCAAAAUCAGCAUCACAGUGCUGUGUGCACAGGGCCUCCAAGCCAAGGAUAAGACUGGCUCCAGCGACCCAUAUGUCACGGUUCAGGUGGGCAAGACCAAGAAGAGAACCAAGACCAUCUAUGGCAACCUCAACCCUGUCUGGGAGGAGAACUUCAACUUUGAGUGCCACAACUCCUCGGACCGAAUCAAGGUGCGGGUCUGGGACGAGGAUGAUGACAUCAAGUCCCGGGUGAAGCAGAAAUUUAAACGGGAGUCCGAUGACUUCCUGGGUCAGACAAUCAUCGAGGUUCGCACACUGAGCGGAGAGAUGGACGUCUGGUACAACCUGGACAAGCGCACAGACAAGUCGGCCGUGUCUGGUGCUAUCAGGAUGCACAUCAAUGUAGAGAUCAAAGGAGAAGAAACUGUCGCUCCAUACCAUGUCCAGUACACCUGUCUGCACGAGAACCUCUUCCACUACAUCACAGAUAUCCAGAGCUCUGGUGUUGUGAAGAUCCCUGAUGCUAAAGGAGAUGAUGCGUGGAAGGUGUACUUUGAUGAGACGCCUCAGGAGAUAGUGGAUGAGUUUGCGAUGCGCUACGGAGUUGAGUCCAUCUACCAGGCUAUGACUCACUUUGCCUGCCUGUCGUCUAAAUACAUGUGCCCAGGGGUGCCCGCAGUAAUGAGCACACUGCUGGCAAACAUCAACGCCUAUUAUGCCCACACUACCCAGGCCACCAACAAUGUGUCUGCCUCUGACCGCUUUGCUGCCUCAAACUUUGGGAAAGAGAGAUUUGUGAAGCUUCUGGAUCAACUCCACAACUCCCUCAGGAUUGACCUGUCCAUGUACCGGAAUAACUUCCCAGCUAGCAGUCCUGAGAGACUGCAGGAUCUCAAAUCUACUGUGGACCUACUGACCAGCAUCACCUUCUUCAGGAUGAAGGUCCAGGAGUUACAGAGCCCCCCCAGAGCCAGUCAGGUGGUGAAGGACUGUGUCAAGGCCUGCCUCAACUCCACCUACGAAUACAUCUUUAACAACUGCCAUGAACUCUACAGCAGAGAGUACCAGACAGACCCGGCCAAGCCAGGAGUGCUGCCUCCUGAAGAGCAAGGUCCCAGCAUCAAGAACCUGGACUUCUGGUCCAAACUCAUCACCCUCAUCGUCUCCAUUAUAGAAGAGGACAAGAACUCCUACACACCCUGCCUCAACCAGUUUCCUCAGGAGCUUAACGUGGGUAAAAUCAGUGCAGAGGUGAUGUGGAACCUGUUUGCUCAGGAUAUGAAGUAUGCCAUGGAGGAGCAUGAAAAGAACCGCCUGUGUAAGAGUGCAGAUUACAUGAACCUGCACUUCAAAGUCAAGUGGCUGUACAAUGAAUACUGCAAAGAUCUGCCCUUCUUCAAGAGCCGUGUGCCGGAGUACCCAGCGUGGUUUGAGCCAUUUGUCAUCCAGUGGUUGGACGAGAACGAGGAAGUGUCUCGAGACUUCUUGCACGGUGCACUGGAGAGGGACAAAAAGGAUGGGUUCCAGGUGACAUCAGAACAUGCUCUCUUCUCCUGUUCUGUCGUUGAUGUCUUCUCUCAGCUCAACCAGAGCUUUGAGAUCAUCCGCAAACUGGAGUGCCCUGACCCCCAGAUUGUAGGCAACUACAUGAAACGCUUCGCCAAGACAAUUGGCAACGUUCUCCUGUCCUAUGCCGACAUCAUCUCCAAGUGCUUUGCUAACUAUGUCACCAUGGAGAAAGUGCCAUGUAUCCUGAUCAACAACAUCCAACAGCUCAGAGUUCAACUAGAGAGGAUGUUUGAGGCCAUGGGAGGCAAGGAUCUGUGCAAGGAGGCCAGCGACUUCCUGAAAGACCUACAGGUCAAGCUGAACACUGUCAUGGAUGAUCUCAGCAGGAUAUUUUCCGUCAGUUUCCAGCCCCAGAUUGAGGACAAUGUGAAGCAGAUGGGAGACAUCCUCAGCCAGGUGAAGGGGACCAAUGUGGGGGCGAACAACUGCAGCAGUGUGGCUCAGGACGCUGACAACGUGCUGCAGCCUAUUAUGGACUUCCUGGACAGCAACCUGACACUGUUUGCAAAGAUCUGUGAGAAGACAGUGCUGAAACGUGUUCUGAAGGAGCUGUGGAAGCUGGUGAUGAACACUAUGGAGAAGACCAUCGUCCUGCCUCCGCUCACGGACCAGACGAUGAUUGGGAGGGUGAAGCUUGCUUGUCACAGUGAUGGAACUCAGUUAAUUUCCAAUGCAGCCAAGCAGCUGGGACAGCUGUCCAAGAUAAAGGAGCACAUGGGUCGUGAGGAGGCCAAGGCUCUGUCCCCUAAGCAGUGCGCUGUGAUAGAACUGGCCUUGGACACGAUCAAGCAAUACUUUCAUGCUGGUGGGGUGGGUCUGAAGAAGACCUUCCUUGAAAAGAGUCCCGACCUGCUCUCACUACACUACGCCCUGUCCCUCUACACCCAGGCCACAGACAAACUCAUCAAGACCUUUGUUUCAACUCAGAAUGCACAAGUUUUCAACGGAAAGGGGGUGAGGUUCACGACUAAUGAGGAUGUGUACCCAGAGAAGGGCACUGGUGUGGAUGAUGCUGUUGGAGAGGUUUCGAUCCACGUGGAGAUAUUCACCCACCCCAACACUGGAGAGCACAAAGUCACAGUCAAAGUGGUGGCUGCCAAUGACCUGAGGUGGCAGACCACAGGGGUGUUCAGACCCUUCGUGGAGGUCUACAUCAUUGGUCCUCAUCUGGCUGAUAAGAAGAGGAAAUAUGCCACCAAGUCCAAGAACAACAGCUAUGCCCCGAAAUACAAUGAAACAUUCACAUACACGCUCAGUAAUGAAGUGGGCACGGAGUGUUACGAGUUGCAGGUGUGUGUGAAAGAUUACUGUUUCGCCCGGGAGGACCGCACAGUGGGCAUGGCCGUAUUGCAGUUGAAGGACAUGGCCUCUAGGGGCAGCGUGGCGUGCUGGCUACCUCUUGGUAAACGGAUCCACAUGGACGAGACGGGCCUCACCGUCCUUCGCAUCCUGUCCCAACGCAACAACGACGAUGUGGCAAAGGAGUUCGUCAAACUCAAGUCCGACCAGCGUUCCCCUGAGGAAGGCCGCGGAUGAGAGGGGGAGCAAUUUGCUCAACGCCAUCGUCAGUCUGGAAGAACCUUCUACCGACUGGCUGCAGGCAAAACCACUGCUCUGGUGUUGUAGUCGAGUUCAAGCACAGAGAAAAAGUUCAUUACUACAACAUUGUACAUAUUACUCAUUGCAGAGGACAUACAAUACAAUCUACAGGAUGUGCCACAGUUGUCUUGAGAGCACUAAUUUCUUUAUUUUGACUACGAUAGAUCAUUUGAUAAUACACCGCCGGCCAAUAUAUUACAACAGAUCCACAUAAUCUAAUUAAUAUAAUAUUUUUGCUUUCUUUAUUUCUCUCCCUCUGUCCAUUUUCUAUAGCAUAUUAGGCCAAAUCUAUUAUCCAUUGUCAUUUGAACUACAAAUAUACAUAGUUGAACUGUAAAUUGACAACAUCAAAUAGUUCACUGCAUAGGCAUCUAAAUGGUCCGGGAAAUAAGGUUCUUGUAGCUUUGAAGCUCUUGAACUCAUCUAUUACAUUACCUACACUUUGCCUUCCUUCGUAUUGAUUAUAAUAGUGCCCAUGGAUCAAUCAAUAACAUUAUGCCAAGUCAAGUCCUGAGCACAAGUAAACAGGCCCAACUGGGUACAUUCCAAACAGUCAGGUUUACACACUGGUUUGUCAUACUAUUUCAGCGAGUUGUCCAAUAUAGGUUCAAUUCUGAAUAUUUUCUAAUUUCCCCCAUGAAAUAUUUACAGGACAGCAGGCUGGACUAUUUGGAAUAUGGAUUCAAAUGUUUAUAUAUAUAACUAUUACAUAUAUUAUAGAUUAUAUGUGUAUUUAAUAGGAGGAUAUUAUUGGCCUAUAGAUGUUCUAUUUAAAGACUAUGAAGACUUUGCUCUAGAAAGAGUGUCUUUGUCCACAUGUCUCUGUCUGUCUCUAAGUAUGUUUACCCUGUUACAGAGCACACUGCCUGAAACCCUCAAAUGCCUUGUCUUGUCAACACUGCUGUCUGUCUUCUGUACAUAGUGAGAACUACCUGAUGAAGACGAGCCUUGCAGCACUGUGAUUCAUCAGUGUGUUUGUUGGUGUGCGUUGGAUCCAGAGAAAAAUAGAAAUGAGUGUGUGUAUAUAUGUACUUUAUGUAUGUGUGUAUACUGUCUGUAUGUGUAUUCAUAGAUUGUGUGCUAUGUCAAUACUGUUUUGAACAUUCCUUUUGGGGAUGACCAACUGAGAAGUCUCCUCAGUGGGAGCUGAGGAAGAUUUGGUCCGAGGUGCAUUACUAAGACUUGAAAACACGUUAGCGCCUCUAAAGAAUUCAAAUAAUUAGGAGCUAAUCCUUUGAUCAUUAUUUUGAUGUCAUGAAGAAGAUUUUAGAUGCAGUAUAACGUUAAAGGGGCCCUAUGCAAGAUUUUUACUGAACUACUUGCAUAAUUGACCAUAAGACAUUAAGUACAUGUUUAUAAUAAUUUUUUCUACAAAAUGUUUCCUAAUGCCCGAGAUAAUCUCCAUUUAAACGUUCUCAUUGGUCCUCCGGUCAGGUUGAAUUGACUUGUAUUGUCCUCAUGCCUUUCUGUACUAUCCAGAAGAAUAGCAAGGGAAAUGGGGGAGGAGAAAUGUUGUGUUAUUGUUUAAAUUCAGUCUUGUAAACGUUAGAGGCAGGAUUCUACAUAGUGCCCCUUUAGCUGGCUAAUUCAUAUUAAGUGGAGUCCACUGACUGUUAGCUAGCUAACGUUAGCAUUGCUAGCUAUUCUUGGAGGAAUUUGCUAGCUAAUGACAACAUUGCCAUUUGUCAAAGGAUAUUUGAUGACAUCAAGAUGACGGCAACGUUGUUUGCAACUAAAUAUUAGCCUACUAUAGCAAUGUCUUUGUAUUUCCAAGCACCUAUGGUGUAGUAAAACAGGGGCUAAAUGGUAAUUAGCCCCGGUUUCAAUUAAUUUGCCCCAACUUGCGGUCAAUGUGUCUUAUAAUGUUAGGGCCUAGGCAAAGGCAAGACCGAGUGAUGGAGGUGCAAUCUGUGAACAUGGCCAUAGGCCAUGUCCAUGAAUACUGUCUGUAUGCAUGUAUAUACUGUCUGUACGCAUGUAUAUACUGUCUGUAUGCAUGUAUAUACAGUCAGUAUGUGUGAAUGUACUGUCUGUAUGUGUGAAUACUGUCUGUAUGCUUUGAUGUUAUUAUGUUGACCUUGUGUAUUCACCAGUGUUGCCUGUUUGUUUUAUUGUGUAAAUCACAAAGAGCCAUCAGGAGCAGAGCACACAAUAUAGAUGAAGGAUGCAUAGUCUACAGUAGAUGAAGAUUAUUUGAAUGUCCUAAGUGUCUUUUACUUGGGGGUGUGGAAGGUUUAUUGCUUGUUUGAUCGGAAACAUUCCGUGGGCUGUACAGUACUCAGCAAACGGGAAGUCUUAAUUACUUCUUUUUGUUAGCAGAGUGGUGAAUGAACAGAGCUCAAUGUAUUUUGCCUUGGAAAACAGUAACCUCCUGUCCCUCCCUCCAACUCUCUGAUCAAUAAUUGUCAGGGUGGGGGAGAGCAGUUACGCAGAAACAACAAAGACAUUUCGUAAAACGUGCGGUACUACACCAACAUAUUGUCAAAUGAUGUCAGGCCAUAGGUGACCCUCUCUGCUGAGGAGGCACACGUGACUUUUUACCUUUUACCUAAGAUGGCCUCUAACCAGGCUGUCUGGUCCUGGGACUGAACACACAGGGCCUGUCCUCAAGGGCUACAGUGCCAGUCCUGCCCUCUCCAGUAGUGAGACCUGCCAUACAUAGGUGACUGAGACAGGACCAGAAAGGAUGUGUAUGUGAUCGUUUGCUGAUGUGUUCAUCUCAUGUUUUGUAAAUCUCAUAACGUCCUCUGUGGCAUGGCUCGGGCAUUUUGAAGGGCACACAGAAAGCAUGCACAUGGUGCCUCCUGGGUACUGGUCAGUAGUUUUUAAUGCACAUGGUAACUAGGCUGUAUCCAGUACCAUUCCAGGACCAACGGUUGUGAGGCUACACCUGACUGCUUUACUACCAGGAGAUCCCCUCUAGGUUUUAGUCCAUCAGCCCCAGGUACCAGUUACAUAGACAAGGCUUAGCUAACUACUUAGACUGUAAGUUGCUGUCUUUGCCAAUUAACUUGUUAACGUGUUUACCUAAUGGCCCAGCCCUGAAAAGCACUUAAAACUGUAAAUACAACAGAUUUUUUUAUGUGGUUCCCCUAUUUAAACUUGUACAACUUGACUCUAUGCAUCUAAUCAGUACAAUUUCUAUGUAGAUUAGUUGGUUUUAAUCAGUCCUAUAAUGUUUACAUUAUUAUCAACAGUGUUUUGGUCAAGUGAUGUAAAUGCUGUUUUGAAAAGGCCCAGGUUACAGGCCAGUAGCUGAUAACAGCUAAAUAUGAAGAGUUGCGUCAACAGGUUUUGGCUGGAAUUCUUUCAAACCCUGUAUUGCAAUGUUUACACAGUUUCUAUAAUUUAACAAUAUAAAUUCUGAAAUGAAUCCCAGCCCUACUGUGUAAAUACUGCAAUGUGGAAUUGACUGAAUUGAGCAUUUAGAGAGGAUGAAUAACAUGCUCUUUAGGGUUGUGGGCAUUGUAAAUAGUACAUCUCUACCAAACACAAAAUAUCUAUACACUAAAUGAAGUGAAGCUGCUACUUAAGUGAACUUGAAUCAUGCUGUGGCUGGAUAUUGGAUGGGCAUUGGACGUGGAUCUCCAAUGGGAGAUGGGGGUCUAUAGGCCAUGAAUACACAGCCUGACAGGCUGUUGUAAUGUAACUAUAUAGCAGCUGUAGCAAGGAAUGGUACAAAUCGUAUUUAUUGCUGUUGACAAUGACACUAAUUCCAUCCUAAAACAGAAACCAUUCCUUUUCAGAUGUGUGCUUGGAGGUAAAAAAAACAACAAACAGAUCGCAUCCUUUCAGGUUGGCAUGUAAUACAGAAAUGCACGGAGGCAUGAUACAGAGUUAUAGAAGAAGCACAAACACAGACAGAACCAGAUAAACAUGCAUGUACUGUCACUUACACACCAAAGGCAUACACAUGGGCCGUGUUCAAGAGCAUUGAGUAACUGACAAGUAGGGUUGAGGGGUUUGUCGAGCUGUCCGUUUUGGGUCAGUGUUCAAACACGAGCACACAGUGAUGCCUGCCCUGUACAUAGGAAGCAGUGCAUGAUGGGAAACAUUUAUUGUGCCAGCACGCAUUUAUUUGAUGUUAUAUUUGCCAGUUGUUGUCUUUAUUUUGAUAUUUUAAUAUUAUUUUCUAUUUUUCAGAGGUUUGUGAAUAUAUAAAUAUGUAUUACUGAUGAUGUGUAGUGGUACAAAGUACUCGCAUGAGAAUUUUUUUAUACUGAAGAUGUUUCUAAUUUUU